AUGGAAAUCAUCGGCCCAAUCAACCUGAUCUAUAACCUCUCACAAGCAUCCCCCAGCUUCACUGAGCUCCCUAUUCAGAACCAGCUCGUUGCCGCUUUAUACUGUACACAUUAUUUAAAUCGUGCAAUCAUAUCGCCCUUCUUUUCGGCCCCAAGCAUGUCCCCAAUUCACUUCUUUAUCAUGGCGAGCGCCAUGACCUUCAACUGGUUCAAUUCCUCGUGCAUAUCAGGCUGGCUGCGCGGAUUUGAAAGUCCAAUCAUUGGAUAUGAGACUAACGGCGCCCAAGCGCUGGAUCCAUACUCAUUCAGUUUUCUACUUGUUCAGAUCUUGCCCUUCUUCGGAACUAUUCUUUUCUCUCUUGGUAUGGCAGGCAACAUUUACUCUGAGACUACUCUCUUCCGGCUUCGAAGAGAAUCGGCCGAGCAAAGCGCCUCCAAGAAAUCCGAUGAGAAUUCUAUUUCAAUCACUGACUCAGACAAGAACACUGGCAACAAGUUCCAUAAGGUCUACGUCAUCCCUCCUGCUGAGGGCGUUUUCCAAAGAAUCUUGUACCCGCACUAUGUCUUCGAAUGGCUUGAAUGGGUUGGAUUUGCUCUUGCUGGCACGGCUGUUUUCCCUCUCCCUACAGCUGGGAAGAGUACGCCACCGCCUCUUCAUCCAGCGCCAUGGAUUACCCCUGCGGCUUGGAUAGCGCAUGCUUUGGGCAUUCCUCUCCCCCUUCCUGCUGUGCUGUUUGUGAUUAAUGCUGUUACGAAUAUGUUGCCUCAUGCCCGAUGGGGGAGGAAGUGGUACGCUGAGAAGUUUGGGGAGAAAGUUGUUGCUGGGCGGGGGGCUGUGGUGCCUGGGUGCGCUUUGAUGUGA